GAGGGAGAGGAAAGAGAUGGAGAGAGGAAUGAGGUUUUCCAGCUCUCAUCGGUGGAGAGUAGGAACUAUGAAAGGCAUCUAGCACAGGGGUUUGAGGAAUUCCUGUGCUCAAGGCAGAUGACUGUUCUAAGACUUUUUCUGGCAGAAGGACGCCAAAGGAUGUACGUUUACUUUGGGCACCAGGCACUUGACACUGAAGUCUGUUGUAUUGAUAUUCAUGCUGUCUGAAGUGCAUGUCAGAAAUCUCAGAUCACAGUAACCAUAAUGGAUAGGAUGUACGUGGAGCCUGGAAUUGUUCUCUCUGGAUUUACCCUAAGCUUCUCGCUCUGAUCCAUGUGUCAGGUAGUCUUCUUGAUUGCUUCACCUCUCUUUAUCUCUCCUGUCUGUUUGGCAACAUUCAUCCUGUGGUGUUUGGCUGCAAACAACAUGCUUUAAUCUACAGGCAAAAACAAGAUGUAAUUUUCUUAUCCCAUUAGCUGUCCAUGUGUCAUUUGUGGGAAGGUUAUGGAGGUUGUGCUUGCAGUGUUCCAGCAUGCUCAAAUGUCUUAAAACUGCAGAGCAGCCUCAAUCACAAGGAAAUAAAUGUUAUUAAUCACUUUGAAGAUCUAGAACCUAACAAGCACAAAGGACACAAGUAGCAAUUUGGCCUGUCAACAGAAAGAAACUACAAUUUAAUGCUCAUUAAAAUGUGUUUUAAUCUUUUUGUCAGUGUGGAUCAAAACAGAGUUUCUGAUCACUAUAGAUCAGUUUGAUCUAUGUCUGUGUCUAUGUGUUUACCCGACUUGAACCUCAUGGAGCAAACCGGUGUAUCACAGCAUAAAACCACGUACCUCAUCUCCCUAACCUUGGUGAAGGUGGAGACGACUGAGGAUCAUGGGAUGGAAAAGGCCAAGCAAAGUGUGGAGGGGGCCACAAGUCAGGCCGGAGAAGAACAAAUAUCUUUGAAUGCAGACUCUGAGCCAGAAGCAAGGAAUGGUACCCAGCGCAAAACAGAACAGGAAAUACUUCCAAGCCCCAGGGACCAUAAAGCACUUUUUACAGAUGGUGCACAACCCAGUGACAGGCAAAAAUCAAUAACCUCAUCCACUGCAGAAAACAGUGGGGCAAGCAUAGCCACAGGAGCAUCUCCUACAUCUAUACCCAAGGAUGCAGCUGAACCAACCCAACCCCCAGCCACAAGCGAUGGUCUAGGACGUGUUAACAAGCGACCUGUUUCCCUUUUAAAGACACACAGUGGUGCUGUCAGUAGUCGUGAACUAAGGGAAGCCAGAGACAGCAUCCAUGCUUCCUCUAAAAGCCUGGAUCGUAAGGACAGUAGGACCAGGAUCCAGUCCCCUGCCAGCCCGGCUCCCAACACAUUUAGAGCCUCCUGGGCUGUAAGUGAGGCCAAACCCAAUCAGGAAGAUCAGAAAAGUGGCGCUAGGGUUAAAAUGUCUACAGAAGCUGUGAUAGCCAUGCGGACCCAAAGCCCAAGAGCAGAGAGGCUGAAGUCAGGGUCUACCUCUCUCCCAGCUCCUAUCAGUGUGGUCUCCAAGCCCCAGCGCAAAGGAAAGAGUCGCACCCUGGACAACAGCGACCUGAACUGCCUGUCCGAGGACCUUCUGAAAGGAAAAGGUGGUCAAAUGACAUCAGACAUCAGGGCAGGUCAGUUGCAGGGGACCUCGACCCGUGACCGCAAAAUGCUCAGAUUUAUUAGUGGCAUUUUUGCCAAGAGCACCCAAGUCCCAUCCAGCGCUGUUAUGGUACCCCAAGUUCCUAGCUCCUUACAGAGAGAAUCCAGUGAGGAUGAAGCUUCCUGUGCUAACAGUCAGGAAUGGACCUUAAAUCGUUCUAUACCAGAGCUGAGAUUGGGGGUGCUGGGUAGCAUGCGAAGUGGAAAGUCUGCCCUGGUAAACAGGUUUAUCACAGGAAGCUAUCUUCCUCUUGAGUCACAUGAAGGUGGGAGGUAUAAGAAAGAGGUGUCGGUUGAUGGUCAGAGUCACUUGUUACUGAUUCGAGAGGAAUCUGGCCUUCCCACUGCACAGUUCAGCAACUGGGUAGAUUCAGUUAUCAUGGUGUUUAGCCUGGAAAAUGAAGCCAGUUUCCAAGAUGUCUAUAAGAACUUCAGUGAACUGGGAGCCCACCGCAACACUGCAGAGAUCCCACUCAUAGUAGUGGGUACACAAGAUAAAAUUAGCAGCACUAAUGUUCGUGUUAUUGAGGAUAAGCGGGUACAACAGCUUUGUGCAGAUGUGCGGCGCUGUGCCUAUUAUGAGACCUGUGCCACCUAUGGACUGAAUGUGGACAGAGUCUUCACUGAAGUGUGCCAGAAGAUAGUUGCAGGUAAGAAGCAAGCAAGCCAUCUAGCAUCCUGCAAGUCCCUACCCAACUCCCCUAGCCACUCUGGAGCCUCCACGCCUGUAUCUGCUGUAUUCCUUGGACAGGCCAGUAAUGGGGGUCAGAGUAGUGAUUAUUCUUCCUCUUUGCCCUCCACCCCUGUGAUAAGUCACAGAGAAAUGCGGGGAGUGGCAGGAGGAGAGGGAGGCUCUCAGAGAAAUGUACCUCGACGCCGGACCUCCUUGUUCACGAACCGUCGUGGGAGCGACAGUGAGAGAAAAACUCCAGACAACAGAGCUGAUGCAGGAGGCAACAAAUCAGUUAUUAUUAAACAGGGCACAUUAUGGAAACGCAGUGAACGAUCUCUGAACAAGGAGUGGAAGAAGAAGCUUGUCACACUCACCAACAAUGGCAUUCUCACCUAUCAUUCUAACAUCAAUGAAUAUAAACAGAACACCCAUGGUAAGGAGAUGGACCUGCUGCGUGUAACUGUGAAAGUACCAGGAAAGCGUCUACAUAGGGCAGCGCCUACAACUGGCCCUGCCUCUGCCCCUGGGGUCAAUGGCCUUUCAAAAGACAAGCCAGCAUCUGAAGGGGGAACCUCAUCAAAUCUUCUGACUGUUGAUGAGGCAGCAGGCGUCGUAAUGGCAUCUCACGAUGAACAGAAAAUCAAACGCUGUCCUUCAUCUGUGUCCAAUAAAGCUUUAAGCUUGGCAGAAUCAAGCAUUGAGGGGGCCACAAGCCCUUUUCUGGGAAAGGACAUUGCUCCAUCAUCCCCCAUGAGCGAUAGGAAGAAAACCAAGAGGAAGAAAAGUAUGAACAUAAAAGGAGAUGCUGCAGCCAGCCAGGCUGAUGAGGAGGAGAACGCAGACUUUAUCAUCAUAUCAAGCACAGGACAGAGUUGGCACUUUGACACCCAGAAUCAGGAGGACAGGGAUGCCUGGGUGCAAGCCAUUGAGAGCCAAAUCCUUGCUUCUCUGCAACUGUGUGAAAGUAGAAACAAGACUCGAAGAAGCAGCCAGAGCGAAGCUGUGGCACUACAAGCCAUUCGCAAUGCUAAAGGAAAUGAUCUAUGUGUGGAUUGUGAUGGACAAUAUCCCACCUGGGCAAGUCUAAAUUUGGGAGCACUGAUUUGUAUCGAGUGCUCAGGAAUUCACAGGAACCUUGGGACACACUUGUCCCGAGUCCGUUCCUUGGACCUGGAUGACUGGCCUAGUGAGCUCACUAAGGUGCUAAUGGCAAUAGGCAACCAUAUGGCAAACAGCAUUUGGGAAAAAUGUACGCAAGGUCGCAAAAAGCCAACACCUGAGGCGACAAGAGAACAGAGGGAGUCUUGGAUCCGGGCUAAAUAUGAGCAGAAGGUGUUUGUGGCACCCUUGCCAACUCAGGACGAGAGCCCAGGUGAGGUGACAUCAUCACAGCUCCUCGGUGCCGUCACCAACAACGAUCUUCCCAGUCUCCUGCUGCUCUUGGCCCACAGCACCAAGGAGCAGCUCAAUGAUCCACUGCAGUCUCAAAGCCCCUUACAUGCAGCAUGUCAGCUGGGGAACGUGGUCAUGACUCAGCUCCUAGUCUGGUAUGGUAGUGAUGUGAAAGCAAAGAAUCCUCAAGGCCAAACAGCUUUAACGCUGGCACAACAAGCUGGAAGUCAAGAGUGUAUGGAGAUCCUUCGCCAACAUGGCUGCCCCAAUGAAACCUCACCCACUGCGCCCACUCCCAUUCUCUCCCGCAAAAGUAGCAUCACAAGCCUUGGACGUAACAAUUCCAGAAGAAGGGUCUCGUAACUUUUAAAGACUUUAUGGACAGUCAAAGAAUCUUCCUUUCUGGAAAAAACUUUUUUUAUUUCAUUUUGUUAAAAAGCUAUGUACGUCUCACUCUCGCUGUGGAUGUUUUGCUCUGUCCUCAUUCACAUACUGUACAUCCAUUUAGGUUCCUCAGAGAAGGCAAAAAAAAAAAAAACUUGUUAAUGUAUGAAAGAAAAAUUAACAAGCCAGCUUGAAAUCUAAUACAGAUACUGUUUCAACAACUCAAAAGCAAUAUACAUGCUAAUUAUAUAUCUAUUACAAAGACAAAUGUAGCCUAGAGAGCUUCUCCGAGCAAUCUGUGGAGAUGUGUUCAACAUUACUGUACAACUCAUAAAACUGUUCCUCAUAAUAAGAAACAUAAAUGAGGCCACUGUGUUUGUAUGGGAAGAGAAUAGUAUUUGUCAUUGUGCAACGUUUCUAAGUACUAGAAUUAAUAAACAUAAAUCUUUAAACUUU